AUCACUCUGCCGCCGCUGCUCCUGCUGAGUUUAAAUUUGGAAACAAUCUGUUUAAUUCAUAACUUUCCCGUCCCUCCUCGGGGACCAGGCGGUGGGGCCCAAUUUCACUGUAAUGUAAACACGAGUCGGCCGAGGACACGUAAAUACUGGUGCUCUGUCCCCUCUCUGUGCCCACUGAUUGGCUGUGCAACGGGGAGAACUUUCUUUGCUGUCUCGCUGGGAACUUGUUACUCACUUGCUGUCUCGCUGGGAACUUGUUACUCACUUGCUGUCUCGCUGGGAACUUGUUACUCACUUGCUGUCUCGCUGGGUACUGGAUAUCGGACGUUGAGUCAACGUCUUGCUUGGAAUUUGUAGAUUCAAAGGGAUAGAAAAAUAUCCAUUUGUGACGUACAGAGCCGUGGGAUGGGUGCAAGCAUGUUAUUCCUGAGCAUGGUCUUGGACUUUGUAAAGGUUUCUUGAACCUGAACAUCUACAUCACCUUCAGCAUCUUAGGAACUAAGCCACCACAGGACCUUCAGCAUCUCAAGACCUCCACCACCCUAGGACAUUCAGCAUCUAAGGAACUAUAACACCCCAAGACCAACAUCAUCAUAGGACCUAUACUCACAUAGAACCUACACUCACACUUUUCGAGGAUCUACCUAGACCAUCCCAAGCCCAAAACCACCUUAGGACCUUCAGCAUUAGAAGAUGCACACAAUCCUAGGCCUACACAUUAGCAAAGACCUAGUUACAAUAUCACAGAACUUACACUUUUUAUAGAAUCUACACCAUCCUGAGACCAACAUCAUUAUAGGAUCUACACUCACACAGGAGCUAUACCAUUCCAAGACCUACUUACACCACCACAGGUCCAAAACCAUCUUAAGACCUCCAGCAUUACUAGACUAGAUUAGACAAUAUAAUAGGACCUACAACAUAACAAGACUUAUUUCAUCGUAGGAUAUACACUUUAACCAUACCUACAUCAAUCUCAUAUUUACACUAGCACAGGAUCCAAACCAUCACAUGGUCUUCAUCAUCUCAGGAUCUACAUCAUCCCAGAACCUACUACCUACAUAAUUCUCAUACUUACACAGGAGCCAAACCAUGACAGGAUCUUCACCAUCUCCAUAUCAGGACCAUUCCAGAACAUAUUGACUCACAGCACUUGCAAGGCAAACACCAUCCCAAAACCAGCACUAUCAUUGAACCUUCAACAUCCUAAAACAGUGACCAACACAAGACCUCCAAGCACCUCAGGACCUACACUCUCACCAUCGAUGCCAUCAUAGGAUCAAUACCAAGCAAAGAUCUGCACCAUCUCAGGAUCUGCAUCAUCCCAGAACCUACUGCCUCACAGGACUUGCACCAUCUCAGACUCUCUACCAAUCUAAAGAAAACACCAUCCCAAAUCCAACACCAUCACUGAACCUACAACAACCAAAAACAGUCACCAACACGGACCUACAGCACCCCAGGACCUACAGCACCUCAGGACCUACAGCACCCCAGGACCUACAGCACUCCAGGACCUACAGCACUCCAGGACCUACAGCACCUCAGGACCUACAGCACCCCAGGACCUACAGCACCCCAGGACCUACAGCACCUCAGGACCUACAGCACCUCAGGACCUAUAGCACCUCAGGACCUACAGCACCCCAGGGCCUACAGCACCUCAGGACCUACAGCACCCUAGGACCUACAGCACCCCAGGACAUACAGCACCUCAGGACCUACAGCACCCCAGGACCUACAGCACUCCAGGACCUACAGCACCUCAGGACCUACAGCACCCCAGGACCUACAGCACCUCAGGACCUACAGCACCCCAGGACCUACAGCACCCCAGGACCUACAGCACUCCAGGACCUACAGCACCCCAGGACCUACAGCACUCCAGGACCUACAGCACUCCAGGACCUACAGCACCUCAGGACCUACAGCACCCCAGGACCUACAGCACCUCAGGAUCUAUAGCACCUCAGGACCUACAGCACCCCAGGACCUACAGCAUCUCAGGACCUAUAGCACCUCAGGACCUACAGCACCCCAGGACCUACAGCACCUCAGGACCUAUAGCACCUCAGGAUCUACAGCACCCCAGGACCUACAGCACCUCAGGACCUACAGUACCCAAGGACCUACAGCACCUCAGGACCUACAUCACACCAGGACCUACAGUGUCUUGGCAUCAAUGCCAUCAGAGGAUCUAUACCAACCCAAGGCCUACAACAUUUUUUGAUCUACAUCUUUUCAAUUUUACAAGGCAGGAACUAUAUGGCCACACAAGUCAGGAGAUUUACUCAACCAGAAGGUCCAUAUAUUCCCUUGAUGUCAUAUGUUCUACCCUGUCUAUAACAUGGAGGGCUUUUUCCAUCGUCACUUCUGUAAGUCGGGUCCAGCUAAUGCAGACAGGCGACUGAGCAUAACCGCAUCCAAAGUCAGGCGUAAGUCAGUAGUUGGAGCCCCGUCGCUGGAGUUAUGGACCCAACGGAGGUCAUCAGCUCAGAUCUACCCAAAGCGAAAAAAUGCAGAGAAGAGGAGAAAAUCCAGCACGGCUCCAGUCAGGGUGAACCCUCGUUUUUCUGUCAUUGGCACCAAGAGACGCCCGGUAAAGUCUGCCCAGAUCCGAAUGCUGGAGGAGAUACUGUGGGAGAUAUGGAUGGAGCGUAAGUUUCAGCCCCAAAUAGAGCCGCAGCCCAAUGACCGGGGGGCAGGAGAAGGAUCCGGUUCCUCAUCUAGUGCUAGCAGCUCAGACAGUGAGUCUGGGAAAGCGAUUUCUCGAUCGGGGCUCCAGCAUCUGGCUCCUGCGCACUGCCCUGUCUCCAAUGGGCCGGCCAAAGAACUGAGGAUGACCCUGGACUGGACUGAGAAUGCCAUUAAUGGGGAGCACCUCUGGCAGGAGACAAAUGUAUCUGGAGACCUGUGUUACCUGGGGGAGGAGAACUGCCAAGUCAAAUUCGCUAAGUCGGCAAUUCGCAGGAAAUGUGCAGCUUGCAAAAUAGUGGUCCAUACGGCCUGCAUGGAGCAGCUCGACAAGAUUAAUUUUAGAUGCAAACCCACUUUCCGCGAUGGAACCUCUCGGACCCCGAGGGAGGUCAGACAUUUUUCUUGUUGUUCUAACCAGCAGAAUCUGGUCAGACACCACUGGGUCCAUCGGCGGAGGCAGGAGGGCAAAUGCAAGCAGUGUGGGAAGGGGUUCCAGCAGAAGUUUUCAUUCCAUAGCAAGGAGAUUGUGGCAAUUAGCUGUUCCUGGUGCAAACAGGCGUUCCACAACAAGGUCACUUGCUUCCUGCUCCAUCACAUAGAGGAGCCCUGCUCAUUGGGGGCCCAUGCAGCAGUCAUAGUCCCUCCAAGCUGGAUCAUUAAGGUGAAGAAACCUCAGGUUAAUACAAAAAAUUCCACAAGAAGGAAGAAGAGGACUUCAUUCAAAAGGAGAGCCAGCAAAAAAGGUUUGGAGGAUAUUAAAGGCAGGGCCUUUAUAAUAAAACCAAUCUCUUCCCCACUCAUGAAACCAUUGCUGGUCUUCGUGAACCCAAAAAGUGGAGGGAACCAGGGUACGAAAGUUCUCCAGAUGUUUAUGUGGUACUUGAAUCCUCGGCAGGUCUUUGACCUCUCCCAGGAAGGACCGCGGGGAGCGCUGGAGAUGUACAGAAAAGUGCCAAAUCUUCGUAUCCUUGCCUGCGGCGGUGACGGGACGGUGGGCUGGAUCCUUUCUGUGUUAGAUGAGCUUCAGCUGAACCCUCAGCCUCCUGUAGCAGUUUUGCCCCUCGGCACCGGGAAUGACCUUGCUCGCACCCUUAACUGGGGAGGGGGUUACACCGACGAACCCGUGUCGAAGAUCCUGUGCCACGUAGAAGACGGCACCAACGUCCAAUUGGAUCGCUGGAACCUGCACGUGGAGCGGAACCCCGACUUACUCCACGAGGAACUGGAUGAUGGGACACAUAAGCUUCCACUGAACGUAUUCAAUAACUACUUCAGCCUGGGGUUCGACGCGCACGUCACUCUGGAAUUCCACGAAUCACGAGAAGCAAAUCCCGAGAAAUUCAACAGUCGAUUUCGUAAUAAGAUGUUCUAUGCAGGGGCUGCUUUCUCUGAUUUCUUGCAAAGAAGCUCCCGGGACUUAUCAAAGCACGUGAAGGUUGUGUGCGACGGCACCGACCUCACCCCCAAAAUACAAGAACUGAAAUUCCAGUGUAUUGUCUUCUUAAAUAUCCCCAGGUACUGUGCUGGCACAAUGCCCUGGGGUAAUCCCAGUGACCACAGAGACUUUGAGCCCCAGCGGCACGAUGAUGGUUAUAUAGAGGUCAUCGGCUUUACUAUGGCUUCUCUGGCCGCCCUGCAGGUUGGAGGCCACGGAGAGAGGCUGCACCAGUGCAGGGAGGUGACAUUGUUGACAUACAAAGCCAUCCCUAUGCAGGUCGAUGGAGAACCAUGUCGGCUUGCACCUUCCCUCAUCCGCAUAUCCCUGAGGAACCAGGCCAACAUGGUGCAGAAGAGCAAGCGGAGGACUUCCAUGCCCUUACUUAAUGAUCUCCAUAAAGUGCACUCGGCCGACCACCGACGCGUCUCCGCUCCCCCGGACUCCUUCUCCGUCCCCCAUUCAGUGCCGGAUCGCCUGCGUAUCAGAGUGAACAGGAUCCGCCUGCAGGAAUACGAGGGGCUCCAUUAUGAAAAGGACAAACUCCGAGACGCCUCUAUUCCCCUGGGGAUCAUUGUGGUACGAGGAGACUGUGACCUAGAGACCUGCAGGAUGUAUAUCGACCGCCUCCAAGAGGAUUUACAUUCUGUGACACCCCACCGAGAUCACUGCCAGGAUCACGAUAGCUCCUUCCCGCGGUUGCUCUCUGCUCAGCGACUCAACCCUCGUUGGUGCUUCUUAGAUGCUACCUCCGCCGACCGGUUUUACCGCAUUGACAGAUCUCAGGAACAUCUGCAUUUUGUCACUGAGAUUUCCCAAGAUGAGAUCUUCAUUCUUGACCCUGAAGCCGAUGGGACCCCCCAAGGCAGCACUGGGAUGGGAAUGCCAGAUCUUGUGGUGGAGCAGCCGUCUGGGCCAUCGGAAUGGUGGACCCCGACGUCCCGUAAGCGGAUAGUGAGUGACAGCUGUGUGGCGGGAAGGAUGUCUCUCCAAUAUGAAAUCUCAGACAAAGUACACGAUUUGUCCCCAUGUAGCGCCCGCCUGUCACCGGUCUCUGUGGAUGAACAAGCACUCACAGAAGCAGUUGCCGCGGGUGAUCUUGCCAAGGUCACGGAGUGUUGCAAGAAGGGAAUGAGUCUGCGCAUCCCGGGGCCCGAGAGGGGCUCUCUGCUCCACCUGGCGGCACGGGCCGGGCACAGCGACAUAGUGGCGUACAUCCUACAGAAUGGGCCCACAGAUUUGCUGGACAUGUCAGACAGAGCCACCGGAGAGACGGCGCUGCACAAAGCUGCUUCCCACGGCCACCGGCGGGUUUGCCAAAUCCUAGUAGAUGCCGGUGCCUGCGUGAUAAAGAAAGACGCCAAGGGCAACACUCCUUUCGACAAAGCUCAGGAGGCAGGGGACUCGGAACUGGCAUCGUACUUGGACACUUGUCAAGCCAAGCAACUUCUUUCCAACGAAGACCUCGAGACCGCGGUCUGAUGAUGAUGGCAAGCAGAGGAGGAGAAACUUCAGAGAUGAGAGAGAGCCUCAACCAUCUGGAGAAGGUUGUCCUAGGAAGAGGAAACUGGGGAACAGAGGCAUCCCUCCCCACAUGCAAAAUAACAAGUGGAGGGUGUCCAACUUCUCAAGGGCUACCGAGUUGCCAGGGAAACCCCUCUCGAUAGAGGCGGAAGUUGGGUUGGGAAAGGAAGGAAUGGGGCUGUGCAUUGAACCUUUCCUGUUUUCCAACCAGAAGCAUGAUCCUGUCCAGUGUCUAUCUCCUCGCCUCGGUCAAACCUCCCACAGCCCGGUCAGAAGGACGGACUCGUAGGCCUGCACUGUGUUAAUAAGCCUCACUCCUGUUUGGUAUCUGCAGCGCCGACUUAUUAAACAUUUAUGAGACUGGGUUCUAAUCUCACAGUUGUGCGAUUAAAACAAUUCUUUUGAGUAUUA